AUGUUUUUGCUGCAGAACUGCGAAGCGUUCCUGCAGGAGCAACGGCUCUUCCUGCGCUUGGGCCGCGGUCGCCUGGUGCGCGACGGAUUCCUGGCCUUGCUCUUCAAGGAAGCGCCCAACCUCAGCACCUCUGUUUGGACGCCGCAAGAGCCGCAAGGCCAAGGCCAAAGCCAAGGAAACCGAUGCUUUCUUUGCAGCGCAGAGGACCACUCCGUGCUGGACUGUGAGUUCCUGCCCUGCGGCGUGGUCAUCAAGAGCCCGCAGAUGGAGGAACUGGACAGGCAGCAGCGCCGGGCACGGCUGGAGGAAGCCCUGGAGAAGGAGAACUUUGGCCCGCCGGAGGCGGUGCGAUGGUACAAGAAGGAGACCUCUGGCAGUGGCUUGCUCUACGUUCGGCUUGCAUCACCAGAGCUCGCCCAUGAACUACUGCAGCAGGAGGUGCUGGACAUCGGGGGCGAGCCGGCCAAUGUGUAUCCCAUCACCAAGGGGAAGCCGGCGCCCAAAGUCAAGGCGAAUCCAGCCAAAGCUAAGAUUGCAAGGCGAAAGCUUGCCAAAGUGCAGGCUGCGGCUGCCACCCUUGCGCCAUGCCAGGUGAAGGACGGCACAGCACCACCUAGGCCAUGCCUCCUUUGCGAUGACAAGGAGCAUCAGGCGCACCGAUGCCCUUUCUGGCGGCAGUGCGUGACCAUCAAGGGUGCCGAGGAGCGUGACCGGGAUGCGCUGUUGAAGACUCUCGGCUUGUAG